AUGAAUAAAUAUAACACUGGUUAAUAUUAGGAUAAUUUUAAAUAUGAAUUGUCAAAAAAGUUUGAAGAGGAAAAUAUUCUGAUAAUGAGGAGAUUAGUUAUCCAUAAAAUAAGAGAUUGGUAAUAAAUGUGUUGAAGUCAGUAAAAAAAAAGAUAGAUAAAAACUUUACUUCAUUAAAAGGGUUCCAAAUAAUAUUGAAUUGAGCGAUAUCUUAAUAGAUUUAGAGUCAAAAACAUCUUUUUUAUUAUUUCAUUUAACAAAUCAUGUAGAUUUAAGCAGCAUUUUAAAAAAGUUCACUAGCAUAUAAUAGAGGAUUGUUGAAAAAAAGAUAUUUGAUUUGAUUUAUAAGAAUAAAUGA